AGAUGCAUAAUGAGAAAAUUCAUAAAUUAAACAAAAAUUUUAAUAAUAUGAAGAAAUUUCUAAAAAGAGAGUCGGGUUGGUGAAUUCCAGCUACUUUAAAUAAGUCCACUCGGUACGUGAAGAAUGCAAUAGGGCCAUUAUAUGAACGUCGCAUCACUUCUCAGCCCCGUUUUAGUACCGAAAUCAGCACAAACAGUCAUUGAAACAGCACUGGCGGGUCAGUGUUGUUCGUCAGUGCUUGUUCAUCUGCAGGAUGUGCACAUCACUUAAAAGUAAAAAAAGUCCAACAAUGAUCGAAAACUUGGAAUUUGUAAAAUCAAAUGUGGCGUUGCAAGUAUGGAAAUUAGACAGUUCCACGGGAAUUUAAAGUUUGCUGUACAGGCCAUGGGUAAAUGGCAUUGAAAUUGCGGGAGAUUCGGAUACAUGUUGGAGGCGAGGCAGAAACGAGACAAAGAUAAGUUGAUGAUAUUUUCCCAAGGAAGAUUAAAUUUCCCAAGAAUAUAUGGAAUUAACAAUAAUCAAAGCUAUUCAAAUAGUUUGAACAACACAAACGAUAAUUUGGAAAAUUCUGCUGCUAAUACGUUUUUAAGAAUUGGGAACAUAGGAAAUUUCUUUGCUAACCUAGCUGGUGACUUUGUGGGGUCUCUGACCUCCUUUAUAUCAGACUACGAAUCGACUGUCGCUGGAAUUCCUGAUUUAAAAAAUGCAACGAGUGUUAUUGUUCCCGCGAUACCAAAUUUACCUGAUCCUGAAAAUUUACCUUACAUCCCGGGACUGUCCGAGGCUUUGGUGGAUGCUAGAAACCACCUCCACGCUACAUUGAAUAUUACAUCGGAUAUAAGCACCGGAAUCCAUGACGUUAUACAUAACGCUCUGCUCAGUGGGGAUCCAGUGGGUGCAUCUCGUGCUUUAAUUGAAACAAUCCUGAAAGUCUAUGGAACAGUUGCUGCGCAUUGCCCCUUGAUUAUCGUAGGAGAACGUAUUAUCCAAGAGGGAGUUCGACUGUCCGUUGAAGUUCUUCGCUCAAUACGAAAUGUCACUGAAUGAUCGUAUCACUUUAAUUUAAAAAUGUCUAAAACAAUGAUAUUUAUGCAAACCAUGUUAGUAUUAUAGAGCAAAUUAACUCAGCAAAAAUUUAUAUAUUUAAAAAAGUUCUUUAUGUUUUCAUUUUGACAACGGUUCCCCAAGGUAGAAAAAUUUGAUGUAAAAUUGCAUAUUAUUAUAUGUUUUACUACAUUUAUUACCAAAAUCUACACAUUUUUUGUCAAAGCUCGAAUGGUUUACGACAAUCCAUCGUGAAAAGAAGUUUAAAGUCACGCCAGAUUUUUUAUUUUUUAAUUAGGAUUUUCAGUAAAUUGUAUAGGCAAUAAUCGUAGAAUAUAUAGUGCAGUAGUCCCAUAGCACUUCUUUAUAGAGGAAUCGGAAUCGGAAACCAUUCAUCUGAAUACGGCUCAAAAGGACAGACUGAACUGCGGCCGUUCCCUUACUCUUUGGCCACCCGCUCGGGCCGUCAAUUUCGAUGAAGCUUAUGCAUUUUAAAACGCAAUUUUAAAGGUAUUCAUCUUGGAAUUUUUGUCUGUCCUUUUACUAAAACUUAGUUUAAAUACUAUUAUUUUUGUUAUUAAAAACGUCAGACCUUAUACUAUCACUUAAAAAUCGAAGUUUUUUAUCAAUAAUUAUCGAGAUUGGAAUUGUGUUGUGCCCAUGCUAUAGUCUGGCUAUUGAAUAAUAACAAACUUGGGACGUCAAUGGUCGAUCUUGAAACAAAAUUAUUAUUAUACUAUCACUCGUAAUUUCUAAUUUUUCACCCAGCUCAAAAGUCAAAACGCGCUUAACAGGGCGUUUGGCAUUUAUGAAUGCAAAAGAAGGGUUCUUUCGCAGAUCUAUUCGCCAAUAACUAGAUAUCAUACUCCUACUUAGGCGAAAACCGUCACCAGCUCUCAGUCUGUUACGGUACGUUACAUUUCAUGGAUCGACUUAUUCGAAAACGCAGUAUGUCCAAGACCAUUUGAUUGAUUUUCUUUAUUGACUAAAACUCAUUCGGGAUAUCUGCGAUCUCCCAACUGCACAGUUCCAUCUCACAAUAUGUGACCGUCCGCGAAGAAAGGGACGUAAUGCGCUGUAACUUCAUU